AUGGAAAGAGAAAUUCUUGUGGGUGAAGCUCUUCUACGUCGUAUUCCUCAUCAAGAAGAUGAAUAUUUCCAUGUUCUUCAGGGUGAAAUUGAAUUCGAAGUCAGCAAUGAAACGAUUCUUGGUAAAGCCGAAUACGUUUUUCAACCUGCUGGUAUUGAACAUUAUUUCGAAGAUGUAAGCAAAAUAAUUGUAACACAAGAGGAUGGUUGGGAGAAAGCAGUAAAUGAAGUUGCAGCCAAAUAUGGAAUUGAUGUGCUAGACUCACCAGAUUGGUCUGGAUAA